AUGGGGAAACGAGGACGUGACGGAGAGGGCACUUCACAAGGCGAGGGCACUUCAAAAGGCAAGGGGAAGGGCAAGAAAACCGACCAAAUUCCGACCCCCGACGACGACGCUUUUUGUGUCGAAGGCGCUAGUGCUCGUUUCGAAAAGCAGAAGAUGAAGAAAUUAGUGACGGAGCAUGCCUAUGAGAUCACCCUUCCACAAUUCGCACCGUUGCACCAAGAUUUCCUACGACGAGGUUGGCAAGCAUUAUUGGAACCGGAGGGUUCGAUCAACCUAUCAUUGGUCCGCGAGUUCUACGCCAACAACCGUAUCCUCCUCACAACGGAUCGGAACUCGAGCACGGUUCGAGGAAAGAAGGUCGAUUGGUGUGCCUACGCAAUCAACUCUUUUUAUCACCUCCGACACACGACGCCAUUCAAUUGGGGGCAAUUGCAACUUGCGGUCACACGAGAUCAAAUCGCCGAGGUGUUGUGCGAUGGACCCCCCAGUUGGUCCGAACUAUCAACCGAGGAGUCGUACGAGUUAGAGUGGAAAUGCAUCAACCAAGUAGGCAAGGCGUGCCUUACGUUCAUAUGUGCCAACCUCAUUGCCACCCGCUCGUGGACUCGCGUGGACCCCGAACGGUGCGCUCUUGCAUACUACAUCCUCAAGGGCACACCGAUCAACAUUGGCGUAAUCAUAUCCGACCGAUUUUGGACCUCCAUGGUCAACAACUCCAAGGGGUUUUAUUUCCCUUGCCUCGUUACCGGGCUAUGCAAGAAGGCGAAGGUCCCAACCAAAACGACGGACAUUUUCACAUCAAUUCGGAAGCCGAUGAGUAACCUUGCGGCCCGACAAUACAAGGCACCCAUCCAAGAUGGCGAGCAACCCGUCGAGAACCAACCAAUAGCUCCACCCGAGGGUCCAAGCACAAGUUCGGACCGGCGAUUUCAAAGAAGAAUGGAGCGAGAGUUGGUGAUCACGAGAAAUCGGCUUGCCACGGUGGUGCACAAGGUGAGCACGAUCGAAUCCCUCCAACGGUGGUCGGGAAAGAUGCUCCAAGCCAUUGUGCGCCAUUUGGCAUGCGGCAAUCCCGAGUGCGCCGAACCGGCUCCGUUGCCCGCACCGAUUCUUGAGCCGGUCCCCGAGCUUUCAGAUGAUGAAGAGGAUGGUGAUGCUCAUGCGCAAGGUGGAGUUGGUGCGCAACCCAACGAUGGUCCCGACGCUUAAACAGGUGUUUUCUAUCCUUAAACUCCGGGCGAAUCACAUUGAGGGCAAUGUGAAUUUUAAGUUUGGGGGUGG